UCUCUCAGUGAUGAAGACUCCUUCAAGAAAAUGUCUUCRGUUGCAGAAGUUUUGGAAAAGGUUCAGCAGCUCCUGAGCAGUUUGGUGGAGAGGAUGCACAAAGACGGCCGACUGCCUCGAACCUUCAGGCUAACCAUCCGAAGGUUCUCUGCCACCAACAAGUGGUUCAGUCGGGAGAGCCGUCAGUGCCCGAUCCCKAUCCACGUCGGACAGAAGAUUACCUCUGGGUUUCAUGAGGAGGCCGUGGCCCAGCUGGUCCCGUUGGCGAUGAAGCUCUUCCACAAGAUGGUGGACGGCAGCGCUGCUUUUCACCUCACACUCCUCAACGUCUGCUUCAGUAACCUGCAGAGCAGAGGGGCUGCUGGGAGCAGGAGAGGCACCAUUACAUCAUUCUUCACACAGAACACCUCUCCCAGACAAACACAGACCUUAUCCUUACAAAGCCAGGAUGAUUGGUCUCAGGACGCCGACAGUCUCUGCUCAGAUCAUCAGGUCGACACUCGCGCUGCGGUUGCUCCGUUAAGAAGCCCUUUCACCACAAAAGGCCCGUCUUGUUCUGAACGUGGACGAAGUUCUGCUGUUGUCGAAGGAGAAAGCCGGGGAGCAGCCUGCGGCGUGGAGCGUGUCGGCUGUGACGAAACGACAAACACUGCCACAUCUCAGCCGCCGCUAAAUGUUGACCUGGAGGUUUUUCAAAUGCUUCCGGAGGAAAUCCAGAAAGAGCUGUUAUCUCCUCCCUAYCUAAGCUCCCUGUCCAGAACACAUGCCCCGAAAAUACCCCGAAACAAGUCUUCAGAGCCGUUUAAAAAGGCGUCAAACGGGUUUGACACAUCUGACAGAGCAGCCGCCGUGACUCGGCCACGGCCCGCUGGAACGAGUGUGACCCGAGGGCAGAACAUGGUGGAAGGAGGUGACCCGCCGUCAUCCUCUUAUGAUCGCGGGUUCCCUGGAAACGUGGACCCCGGGGUGUUUUCUGAGCUCCCGCCGGAUGUUCAGAGGGAGUUGAUGUCCGAGUGGAAGCAGCAGAAGCUCGUUCUGAAGAUCCCCUCGUCCGUGAAACCGGGGAGAAACUGUUCGGGCAAAGACAGGAGGGCAGCGGGAAACAGCAGCCGGUCGAAUAAUCUGUUCAAGUAUUUCAAACCCAGUUAGAGAACAACUGUUGGUUGUUUGUCUGARUAGCUUCAAGUUCACGUUUGUCAUGGUUGUCGUCUAAACUACCGUGUCGGGCCGGGAUCUUUUCCACUAAAAUCCACAGARGCAUGUAUUAUGUUGUCAAAAAAGCAAAAACAAUCCUGUUUUCAAAGAGCCAUUAUUCCCCCCACCCCCGAUGAGAAACAGCAGAAGCUCUGUAAGCUCGGCCCCGCUUGGGUCURAUCGACGUGAAGCUCCUCCCUGCGUCACAUGUGAGACAAAGAAAAGGUUCUGUAAUGUUCCAACGCUUCAUGACUGCCUUUUACUUUUUAAUAAAGAGUAGAAUCAC